AUGUACGACAAGGCUAGUUGUGUCGUCUGCAAAGGAGCCACAUGCUGGUGGCAGAUCUCAACUGCGUCAAACUUCACAUGUCCUUGUAGUUGCGGUGAGGUGACGUUCUCCAAAGCCACAACGUGUCGUGGUCGAGCUUUCGGCCGCCCCACAAGCCGAUAUGUGUAUGGCUCGGCAUGGCGUUUGACAGAUGUCUUGCUCGUGUAUGCAAGAGCCGACAAGUUCUUGUCGGCGGUCUCGGCAGGUGUCGAAAAGGUUGGGAGUGGAAUGCAAGAUGACUGGCAGAACGGUCUCGCUGUCAGUCCCGAACCAUGGGACAAGAUGAGUCCAGCGAUUGAACGUCUAGAAAUGUGUUCCACGACCUUGCCCUUUCUCGCCGGCGAUGAGCAUCCGGUCAAGUGCUCGCCAUGGUUGCUUUUACCCCGCCUGGAGGACUUGGAGGUGCCGUAG